CUAUCUACAGGGAGCAGAGAGCACAGAGCUGCAGUUACAGUGUUUGUGGAGAUAAAUACAGUAAAAGGAAUAUAAUGAUGAAGGUCAGCCUGUCAAGUCUGAUAACAUGUCUACUGCUGAGCCAUGCAGUAACAAUGUCAUCCACCAUCACCAAUAAGAGCACUCCCCAAAUCCCCACCAGCAAAAUCUUCACUAGCUCACCUAGCACCACCAGCCUGUCACCUAACACCAGCAACACCACCAGUCCAUCACCUAACACCACCAGCAGCAACACCAGUCCAUCACCUAACACCACCGGCAGCAACACCAUCAGUCCAUCACCUAACACCACCGGCAGCAACACCAUCAGUCCCUCACCUAACACCACCGGCAGCAACACCAUCAGUCCAUCACCUAACACCACCGGCAGCAACACCAUCAGUCCAUCACCUAACACCACCGGCAGCAACACCAUCAGUCCAUCACCUAACACCACCGGCAGCAACACCAUCAGUCCAUCACCUAACACCACCGGCAGCAACACCAUCAGUCCAUCACCUAACACCACCGGCAGCAACACCACCAGUCCAUCACCUAACACCACCGGCAGCAACACCACCAGUCCAUCACCUAACACCACCGGCAGCAAUACCACCAGUCCAUCACCUAACACCACCAGCAGCAACACCACCAGUCCCUCACCUAACACCAGCAUCACCACCAGUCCAUCACCUAACACCAGCAACACCACCAGUCCAUCACCUAGCACUGCCACCAGCAACACUAUGAGUACCACCACCAGCACCACCUCCAGAACCACCACCAGCCCAACCCAAAGCACAACACUGGAACAGGAGGGACACAAGUCUGAAGCUCUGAGCUCAGGAGGUGUUGCAGCCAUUGUUAUUCUGUUCAUUGUAAUUGUCAUCGUAGUGUUAGGUGGGCUGUACUACUUCAAGAUCCGACGUAGAUCCUACGGUCCUCUACUGGACACCGACUUCAACACUUUCGAAAACUUCAGCAACCCCAUGUAUGACCCCUGAAUCUUAACGUUUGACCUCCGACACUGGAGGUGACCCCACAAAGUCCUCAGUCUGAUCAGUGUUCUUAUAUGUGUGUGUGUAAUGAUUUCAGGACAAUCACAUUUUAUUACUGUGAUAUGCGGCUUGAUAUCUUGAUUACACUCAAUUGCGAAACAAAUGUGACAUUUCUCUUGAUCUUUGUUCAAGUAGCCUCAAUUUUACUGGUAAACAUGAGAGAGCUCUGGCUGCAUAGACACAGAGCAUAGUCAUAUCAGAAUAACUGAAGUGACAAAACAACCCUGUUUAUCAGAGGUAACGUGAUUCUCACAUGAUAUUUGUACAUAUUGGAUGAAAAACAUAUUUUUGUACAAAGAGAGGUGGAUUACUGUAUGUGAACUCAAACAGGAUGUUGAGUAAAACUGAAGAAGACCUGACAAUGAAGCAUAAAAAUUUACACAGUCUGGGAACAACGAUGGAAAAACUAGAACAACUAAUUGAGCUGAUACUGCAGCAAUGUGCAAAUCAUGUACAGUAGAUACAUCAUGACUUUUUUCAUCAUUAAUUGUUCCUGUUAGCACCUGCUGAGAUACUUGUUCCUGAUUUAAACUAUGGAAUGAUGAUUUUUCUGUCAGAAAAGCAGAUGUUCAGUUAUUCAAGUUUUCAGUCAUCAACUUAAAUGUACCCGGUGAGACAAAGCCCGAGGCUUAGAGAAAACUCAUCAAAUUUCCUUUUAGCUUUCACAGAUCAGGAGGAGGUAGCGUUAUGUUGUUGAAGGAAACUGAAAAAAAGAGCUGAAAAGGUUGGCGAGGACACAGAGUCCUUGAGCAAAACAAUGAAACCCCUGCUGGUUAAAGUGCUGAUCAGCUCCUGACUAUUUAAAGGUGCGUUGUCAGUAUUGAAUGUUUAAUUGAAUGUUGUUGAAUGUUGCUUUGCAGCUCAUCCAGGCUGCAUUUCUGAUUGUAAUUUUCAUUUCUUUAGUACUUAACACAGUAUUGUUUGACUGUAUUUAGGUAGAAGAAUAAUUUGACAGUAUUUUGACAUUGUACUGUAUUGUAUUUUGUACAUUUAAGUGAUAAAACAAUGAUGUGAGUGACUGUGAUGGUCAUAAGAGAAACUUUAAGGUUGGUGCUGUAUAUACACACUGAUAUGAGUGAUAUGAGAUGAAUGGCACACACAAGCAUUUAUGUGACCUUUAGGGAUGAAUUUGUUUGUUGGUCAGCUGGUCCACCAUGAAAUAUGCCAACAACUAGAGGAUGGAUUCCCAUGAAAAUGCAUACUGACUUUCAUUGUGCCCAUAGGGUUCAUCCUUAUGAUUCUGAUGAACCCCUGACUUUUCCUGUAGCACUACCAUGACAUUCAUGUGGCUCUGUGACUUGUCUCCACCUGGAGAAGCUAUUUAUGAUCCCGGGAGAAUCACUUGCUUGUACUUUUGUGACUGUAAUAAUUGUAAUAACUAUGGAGAUCCUCCUCCACUUUUCAUCUAGUGCCAAAAUUUCACUCUGUCCAAAACUUUGGUUUAUGACCAGAUACCUGCAAACUAAUGAAGUCCUCAUCAUCCACUGUGGUACUUUGGGUUUACUGCUAAUUAAUAUAUGUUAAUAAUUAAUAAUGUUAGCAUGCUGACACACUAAACUAAGAUGGUUAACAUAGUUGACAUUAUACAAGCUUAGUGUUAGCACAAUAACACUGUCAUUGUGAGCAUGUUAGCUCAAGUUAGCAUUUAGCUAAGUACAGCUGUUCCUAAGUACAGCCAUAUGGAGCUGCUAGCUCUAUACUCAGUUUUCUUGUGUUUGGGCUCAUGUGGGUUUGUUUGUUGGAUUUUAAUAACAAGAACAAAAGUCCUAAGCUCUGUUAGCGGCUUUUGUGCGGCUGCACAAAAAAAUCUAUAAAUAAAAAUCUCACAUUCCAAA